ACCAUUUGCAAGGCACUGUACUAAGUGCUGGGGAGACAAAGACAAACAAUGAAACAGUCCCUGUCCUCAAAGAGCCUUCAUUCUACUAGGGGGAUACAACGUAUACACAAUCCAUCACCUCUCUAUGAGAAAGUUUAUAACAUGCUUCAUCCAAAGUGCUCUGGAAUUCUGGAAUCACCGCAUUAAUCAAAGUUCAUUUGAGAGAAAAAAUCUAAGUGUCUGAAAUUAGUGUUGAUACAAAAAUUUAUCUUCAACUCAGAAUGUUGGAAGAGGAUGUGGAAGUGGCCAUCAAGGUGGUGGUUGUUGGGAAUGGAGCUGUUGGGAAAUCAAGUAUGAUUCAACGAUAUUGCAAAGGCAUUUUUACAAAAGACUACAAGAAAACAAUUGGAGUUGAUUUUUUGGAGAGACAAAUCCAAGUUAAUGAUGAAGAUGUCAGACUAAUGUUAUGGGAUACAGCCGGUCAAGAAGAGUUUGAUGCAAUAACAAAGGCUUACUACCGAGGAGCCCAAGCUUGUGUACUUGUGUUUUCUACUAUAGACAGGGAAUCUUUUGAAGCAAUUUCCAGUUGGAGAGAGAAAGUAGUAACUGAAGUUGGUGAUAUCCCAACCGUGCUUGUACAGAACAAGAUUGACCUCUUGGAUGAUUCUUGUAUAAAGAAUGAAGAAGCUGAGGCAUUGGCAAAAAAAUUAAAGUUAAGAUUCUACAGAGCUUCAGUGAAAGAGGACCUAAAUGUAACUGAAGUUUUUAAAUAUUUAGCAGAAAAAUAUCUUCAGAAACUCAAACAGCAAAUAGCUGAGGACCCAGAAUUAAUGCAUACAAGUAGUAACAAAAUUGGUGUCUUUAACACAGCUGGUGGAAGUCACUCUGGCCAGAAUUCUAGCACACUUAAUGGUGGAGAUGUCAUCAAUCUUAGACCUAACAAACAGAGAACCAAGAAAAACAGAAGCCCUUUUAGCAGCUGCAGUAUACCCUAAAGCCAUUUUGGGGAGCAGGGUGGGAAAGGGAAGGAAGAACUGACAAAAAUUGAAAUAAGCUGUACAGUGAAGGAGUACACUCAACUGUAAUGGUAUGUUAAUGUGUUUCCUAAUGGACUUUGCACCUACUCUGAUAGAUGGUGAAUUUAAAUAUUGCUGUGGCAAUGUUCUUUAGUGUGUACAGGGAGACCUCUGGUGGCAAAAUUGGAAUCAUUGCUACCCUGUGCACUCAUUUUAAUUUUUAUACAUAUGUAUACACACACACACACACACACACACACACAAUUAGACGAUGCUUUUCCUGUUUUGAAGGAACAUUUUAAAAAUAUGAAAAACAGGUUUUGCUGAAUUUCAAAGGAUAUUAAAAACACAAACAAUGUAUAGUAAACAUUGGUACAGAUCUUCAUAUUAAGUGUGGACCAAAUGAAGCAGCAUUAUUUUAAUGGAAUCGAUCAGUCAGCCUUUAGAGAAAAGUAGUAUUUGGAUCUUGAACAACUAUGAUUAAAAUAAUAUUGAGGGGCAAAUUUUAAAUCUUGCCCAGAUAGCAUUAGUGUGUUGGCAACUUUACUUGUGCAAUAUCUGUAUAAUACGUGAAUGUUGUCAGAGGUAUGCAUGUAGAUAUCUGGCACUAAAGUUAAGCUGAAUGUAAGUACAGUAUUUCACUUUAAGGACACUAAAUUUCUGACCAGCAUGCAUCAAACACUACCACUACUGCUACACACACACACUUUAAACUGUUCAUUUCAAGUGAGAAAUUCCAAGCCUAUACUCUGCAAAAUGAAAUCCCUUCUUCCUGUACUUGGAUUUUAAAAAUUCAUUGUGCCAAAAAAAAAAAAACAAAAAAAAUUUUUUCUUGAGGGGAAAGCUUCAAACUAUCUUACUUUUUAUUGAUUAAUGAUGUCUUUUAAAAAGUUUUCCAGUCAAAAAAGUUGUAUAAAAGGAGGAACAUAUAUUUCAGUAAUACUGAGCCUAUUUCAGGCUAAUAGUAUUGCUUUUAAAAACAUAUAUAAUAACUAAAUAUUUCACAUAGUCAUCUGUAAUAGUGACAUACUUAUACCAUCACAGGUUGGCAGAGUAUCUAUUAAGAUUCAUGCAUAUCUGUAGUUAUCCAUAAGAUUCUGUGAAGUGAUAUGCCGUGUCUAGCAUAUUUAACUGCUCCAAAUUGAAAACUUUUAAUUUAUGAGCAUAAUUUAAAAAUAAGCCUCAGCUUAAAAAAUUUUAAUUCCACAAAACAUGUCUUUUUUUUUUCCAAAUUGUUUUUUAAUGGCCAGUGUCUCAGGAGCUUCCCUUUAUUUAUGCAAUUUGUAAGGUGUUUUAAGCUUAUCCCUUAAGAAUUUCUAUAAUAAAAUCUCAAAUUUAUAUAGCAUCUUUCUUCUGGAAAGCUCCAUUGGCAGAAAAUGCAAAAAUAAUUUCCUUUAAGAAAUAUUUUAAUAUUGUAAACAGUAAGUGCCAGAGUAUAAAAAUUGUGAGUAGAGACUAUUUACUUAGAUAAUGUGUGUAUCCUAUUAAUAUUUGUCAUUAUAAGUUAAUGAUAAAUGUUAGCAGGCUUGUUUACUCUCUCUGAGUACCUUUUUAACAUAGUCGAAUGUUAUAGGAGUCUACAGUGGUACUAGGAAAGAAGGUUUCUUGAAAAAUAAAUGUGUCCUGAAGUCAUUUUACAUUUACUUGUACUUAAUAUUUUUUUUUUUAAAGAGAACUUACUGUCCCAGGUUUUCAUAUGGUAUGUUUGAUAUUUUAAGGCAACAUGGUAUGUUGGAUAGAUGACUAGCCUUGGAGUCUAGAAGGUCUCACUUCAAGUCCUGUGUCUGCCACAAGUUGACUCUGUGACCCUCAGCAAAUUAUUUAACCUCUCAAUGCCCCAAGCAGUUCUCUAAGAUCAUAGAUUACGGAACAAUGACAGACCUGCUUUGAUAAGAGUGUCUUUGCUAACUGAGUUCCCUAAAGUGAAUGUGUCAUACUCUGCCUGCAACAUUCCAGGGUGGGCUCCCUCCUCUCCUACCCCCCCAAUCAGAUCAAAAUGUAAUUGGGAUAGUUAACAAAUAAAAAUACAGUAAAACAUAAACAAUGUUAAUUUGUGGUUUUCUAAAUCAGUAUGCAGCCAGCAGAGAUCCUUUUCUUUUAGAGUUUGACACCUCUUCUCUAAAAUCAGUGAAAUCCUAGACUGACAGUUUGGAAUUUUUCAAGAGUCUCUUAUGCCACUUGGUUAUUUGCUCUACAGACACUAGAAUAAUCUGGAGUUACAUCUAUUAACAUAGUAAUAAAACACUUAAUUCUUGUUAUGGCAGUUGUCAAUAACAUAUAGCCCAUUGCUGGCAUGCAUUUAAGAAAACUUCAGUCUCCAACAUUAAACAUUUCAUAUUUGUUACAGUGUUUUGUCUUUCCUUAUAUAAUUUUUUAGAUCAGUCUUUUAUUUUUUUUGUGGGAAAUAAUCUCAGUUUAAGAAAAUCAUUCAUCAUAUAUACAUACACACACAUAUAUAAAAACAUACUGAAUUUGUUUCAGGUAGCAGCAAUUGAGUAUAUGUUUUUUUUCCUCUGCUAUGUAUUAAAUGCACAUGCUGAUGAGGGUUCCAAUUUAUCCAUAGUCUUUUUGUAAUAAGAUUUUAUGUAUUAUUUUUCUUUUUACAAAAGCAGAAGAAUAUUAAUUUGUACUACUGUACUUUUGUCUUAUUAAGUCAUUACUUCAAAAUGUAAUCUUGCCUUCAAUUUUGUAGUAGGAUAAAAACUGCUUAAAUCAGAUUGUGAAAACAUUUCCCAAAUUGAUUGAACUUUAAAAUCUUUAACAUAUAUUUUGUUUUCUUUAACUUUAUUUUAAAACUUCAAAUUAAAGCACAGAUAAUAAAUAAAACAGCCCUUUUCAGGUUAUUGUACAUUUGUGCUGCUAAACUAAUUUUUAAAUUAAAAUUAAUUAAUAAUACUUAGCAUGCUGACAUGCUGAGGAAAAAUUGCCAUAUUUGAGAGUUCCUCAGGUACUCAUUUUCCUUGUCAGGAAUAGUCUGUCUACUGGUUAAAUAGCAUAUAGAAUGGCAUGUAUAGGACAAUAUAAUUUAAGUGAAGCCUCAUUCAAACAGGCUACUUUUUAUCUACUCCAAAUUUAUAGCACACUUUUAUUUUGGAAAAACUACACUAACAAAAAGGUGAGUGGUAUUCCAUAUUUAUGGGAUGAAAAAUUUGGUUUUCUUUUAGAAGCUGGGCAAUUUUAGUGCUCAGAGAGAAAUUUCUCUCAAUGUACUCCAUUGUGCCUCUGAAUUUUAAGAAUCAUGAUCUUUUUAGAUCUCAGAAUAGUAAAUUGGCCUUAGGAGUUAAUUCUCCCACUUAAAAGUGUUGUACUACUUUAAGUGAACGUUUCAGUGUAUAACAGUAAUACCAUUGAUUGUUGGCCUCACAGUUUCUGAACCUCUGAAAUAAUUAUUGUUUACUUGCUGAAAAUGCUGCCAUUGAUAUGACAUUAGAAUAUUCAUUUUCUCCAAAAAUAAAAUGAACUAGCUGGGUUAAAAACAUUCAGAAUAAUUGUGAAACACUGCAUUAUGGUCUAAUGAACAUGUAGAUCAAAUACUAUUAAUUAUUGAUUGAACUGAAUACAAUUUGCACUGGAGAACAAAAUGUCAACAUUUAGAUUUUUAUUUUCAAAACACUUAAGUCUAUCAUCCAUUUGAGUACUUUCCAUCGACAAAAUUUUUAAAUGUCAUUAAACUCCAGUCACCACGACUGAAAUAAUUUGGCCAUCCCUUUUCAUCUUGAGAGAUGUGUAGUGGGAUGUUGAUUAAUGGUCAUUAAAAUUUAGUAGUGUCAGGACUAAAAGGAAAAUUGAGCCCCUUUAAUAAUUUUGUUAUUUGGAUGUGAUCUGGUGCAUUUGAAUGGGAAAACCAUUGUAUGUAACUGUUGGAUUACGAUUAUGGCCUCAAUUAAUUUGAAAUGUAUCACAUGAAAUAAUUUCAUGACAAAUCUGAAGAAGUAAAAAAAUAAAUUAAUUUAAAAACUGA